UCAUGGAAUUCUUAGGACCAUCUAGAGAGCUGAUAAACAGAGGACAUGAAGUGUAUUUCAUUGUAGCUUCAAACUGCAUGAUUCCUAGUGAUGUCACAAAAUCUGGUGUGAAAAUACUGACGUAUGCUUCUACUGGAAAUGAAAUUGGAGCAACGGAAGAAUUUCAGAAUGAUGCAAUUAAGUCCAUCAUCAAUGGUGAUGAUAAUUUAUUUAGGAAACACACGAAUAAAAUAAGGAUAAAACAAGGUGACGGUUUAUUCAAUGAUAAAGCUCUGUCUGAACGAGUGAAAUCUCUGAAUUUUGAUUAUGCGAUUGUUGAUGGUCUCCUUUUCGAUCUAUAUUUGAUGCUGUACCCACACAAGUUAGGCAUUCCGUAUAUUCCUUUGACAGCUGCUCUUGGAUUACACUGGGACGUAGGGGUGCCACAUAUGCCUUCGGUAUAUCCUAAUCAGUUCACAGACUUCCCAGCUGACAUGAACUUUCAACAAAGGGUAGCGAAUUUAUUCAUGUAUAUUAUACUGCCAUAUGUCACUAAUUCCUUAAAUAACAAUCCGGAUGACCUCAUGGAGAAAUAUUACCCAGAAGCCCCACCAGGCACAACUAUGUUGGGAAUAUUCCGGGAUGCCGAUCUUUGGUUAAUUGAUCAAGAUCCAAUACUUUCUUACCCUCAGCCUACUGUACCCCAUAUGAUAUUUGUCGGUGGUUUAACAACAUAUCCAGCAAAACCCCUUGAGGCAAACAUCAAAAACUUUAUUGAAUCAUCCCAGCAUGGCCUUAUUGUGGUAUCAUUUGGGACUUAUAUGGUUUACCUGCCUAUGGAGUUGACACAAAUACUGAGUGACGUCUUUUCAAAUUUAGAGCAACAAGUAAUUUGGAGAUUUAAGGGAAAAGCACCGAAAUCUGUUGGAAAUAAUGUCAAACUGAUGGAAUGGAUUCCACAAAAUGAUAUCCUAGGUCAUCCCAAUACAAAACUUUUUAUUGGACAUGGUGGGAGUAUAGGUCAAUACGAAGCUGUUUACCAUGCUGUCCCAAUGAUUUCUAUACCUUGUAUGCCUAUUGAUCAGAAACAUAAUGCUGUGAGAAUUGAACAUAAAAACUUUGGUAUUGGACUAUCUUGGGCAACAUUAACAGCUGAACGAUUAAACGAUACAAUAAACAAGAUUUUGAUGAAUCCAAAAUAUUCAACAUCAAUAAAAAGAGCUUCCCGUAUGUUCCGUGAUCGACAAUCGACGCCGCAAG